UUCCCCACAGAAGCCUUUAAUUUUGCCCUACAAAGUAGUGCACUGGAAACAAAGUAUACUAGCAAGUUGUUUUAUAGGAGACAAAACGGGAAUGGAGACGCGAGUUCUCAUUGUGGUGGCCGUGGUGGCUAUGUUUAUAUGCCUUCCCUUCGCAGCAUACGCAGACGAGGGAACAGCCACUUAUUAUACACCUCCUUAUGUUCCAUCCUCGUGCAACGGAUACCAAAAUGAUGGAGUGAUGAUAGCGGCAGCAAGCGAUGCCAUUUGGGGCAACAGAGCUGCGUGUGGAAGACGCUACAGUGUGACAUGCAUCGGAGCCACCAACCAAGGUGUGCCACAGCCUUGCAAGGGGAAUAGCGUUGUCGUAAAAAUUGUGGAUUACUGUCCUCCCGGAUGCCGAGGAACCAUCGAUCUCUCUCAAGAAGCCUUUGCUGCAAUUGCUGACCCCAACGCCGGAAAAAUCAAGAUUCGUUAUACCCAGGUUUGAAGCAAGCGCGCUCUCCAAGAAUGAAUAAAGUAGUCAUUUAGACUAAGAAGGUUAUAUCAUAUGCUCCAAGGACCACUUGUCAUAAAACCUAUUAAGUAAUUGUGUUUCAGAAUUUCAGACGUGAUGAGCUGAUGUUAUGAAUAAAUGUGUGUUUAUUAUACUAAA